AUGUCGGCUCAGGAGGCGAUGCGCAUCGCCAAGCUCGAGAAGAAGCGCAAGGAGAUGAUGGACGGCUUCGCGGCGCAGAAGGAGGACCUGACUGCGACUCGCAACCGUACUGGCUCGGACCGCUUCGUCGGCAAGACGGAGGACGUGCAGGAGACGCUGAAGAAGUCGACGUACGGUCUCGUCCAGCUGUCCGAGUUCAAGGAGACGCGCGAGAAGCUCGAGGAGCAGGCGAGGAAGGAGGCUGCUGGUGCGGCGGAGGUCAAAGAAGAGGAGCGCAAGGUCAAGAAGAAGAAGAAGGAAAAGGGCAAGGUCAAGCUGUCGUUCGCUGGCGACGAUGGCGAUGAGGAGGAGACCGAGUCGUUCAAGCCGAAGAAGGGAGACUCGCCCAAUGGGGACGAGGCUGAACCGCCCUCGAAGAAGCCGAAACUCGGCAAGAACCCAACCGUCGACACGCACUUCCUCCCCGACCGCGAGCGCGAAGAAGCCGAGCGGAAAGAGCGCGACGAGUUGCGCAAGAAGUGGUUGAAGAUGCAGGAGGACAUGAAGCAGGAGCCGAUCGAGAUCACGUAUUCCUACUGGGACGGGAGUGGGCAUCGGAAGGUCGUUUCGUGCAAGAAGGGCGACACAAUCGCGCAGUUCCUCGACAAAUGUCGGCAGCAGUUCCCAGAGUUGCGCAGCGUUUCCGUCGACAACCUCAUGUACAUCAAGGAGGAUCUGAUCAUUCCGCAUCACUACACCUUUUACGACUUUAUCGUCAACAAAUAUCGCGGCAAGUCGGGCCCGAUGUUCAACUUUGACGUGCACGACGACAUCCGAUUGACGCACGACGCCAAGAUCGAGAAGGACGAGUCUCAUGCGGGAAAGGUGAUUGAGCGUAGCUGGUACAACCGGAACAAGCAUAUCUUCCCGGCGUCGCGGUGGGAGCUGUUCAACCCGGAGGUCCAGCGCGAGAAGUACACCAUCCGUGGGUCAUAG